GAGCAUCUUGUCCAAACUUCCAUUAAAACCACUCCCUCCCUCAUCACCAACCAAUUGCUUUUGAUGUCCCAGUUUCGCUCUUCCUUCAUUCCUUCCCUCCAUCCCUCCUCCUCUCCAUUUGCUCUUUACGUCAGUCCUCCUGCGCAUUUAAGUUGCCAAACACCCCCCCCCCCUUUAUCUAGUUCUUUUGCGCUUGUGCAUGCAGUGUUCUCUAGACUGUUUAUUUUCAAAUUUAGUUUGCGACUGUCGGAAGCAGGGCGCCGAGGCGAUAAUGUGGAGUGUCCGUCUGCAAUAACAGCGUGUGACGAGUUUCACGGGUGGGGAUCAAGUGUGCAUUGAAGGAGAGAGAGAGAGAGAGAGAGAGAGAGUAGUGGUAGUAGUAAGAGUAGCCCAGGAUGAGUCCGCCAACCUCGGUGCGCAGCACUGUCGCCAAGACAGAGAACGAUUUGGCCGAAAAGGUGGCUCUUUCUAUGAAGGACUCAGGGUUUCGGUUUGGGUUGAGGAAGCAGGUGAAUGGCAGUAGUAACCCUUCGUUGAAAGUAAGCAAGGAUUCUCACCGGAUCAGGAAGCCGCCGUCGCCACUCCCGCAGAUACAGUACCGUCCCCCGAUCAUUAUUCAUACGUAUUCGCCAAAGGUGAUCCACACCCAGCCGGAUGACUUCAUGUCGCUUGUCCAGAAACUCACAGGUUCCAGUGAUACCAGGUUGCGAUUUAAGAAGACCUCUAACAAGGAAAACUCUGGCACCCGCAAGGAUCAUAAAUCUUGUGAACCUUGUGGCGGAGUACAGUCCACAGAUUCAGCUAGUCUCGAGCGACAAGGGUCAGGAUCGUCAACUACUACCAACUGUGGCUCGUCCUCAGUCUCUGAUGAAUCUGCUGUUCAAGUCUCUGAUUCUUGCGAAGGUGAGGUAGGUAUCAAGCAGUCCAACUCGCCAAGGAGUCCCUUAGACUCUCCCUUCGAAUUCGACAACAGCGACCCCAUGUUCUCUCCGUUUGAUUUCCCUACAACACUCGUCAGCAGCACGUUCAAUUCCCACACAGUCAAGUCGGAGCCGAUGUUUUCAUUUCCAAAAGAUAAUUCCUAUAAUUUCUACACCGACGACACGAACCCGGCACUUGUCAAGCCAGUUUCGGCUGGGUUGCCGAAGAGUUUCGCCCGACCCCAAACGCAACAAGAAUUGGUCAAUCCGUAUGGGAACUUCUACACAAACUCUUCUGUCCCAUCAUCGAGCUACCUUUCCUCUAGUCUCAUGACUACUCUACCUGAUCUCUCAGCAGGUACCCAGAGCUGGUCUCAAUCUUUUCUUGACUUACCUUCUAGCCCCGUUCACUCGGGCUACUUCGGGCUACAGGCGCCGUAUCAACGCCAGCGCCCACUCCAACAAUACGCUGGAGCAUACUCUGCGUCGUCGGAGGGAAACAUGGUUGCUCUGGAGAACAUCCACACCUUCAUGAUGACAUAAUCUCAAGUUUGAAUUCGUUAUAUCUGCGAUGCUUCGGAGGCUGGCGCUUUGUAACAGAGGUUUCGUGCCAAUGCCUCAAAAUUUUUGGUGGUGUAUCUAUCUCUUGAAGGAGGGGAGCCAACGGAUAAACAUGAUGCUUUAGGUUUUAGAAGAGUGUACCAUGACUGUGAGGGGUAGUCCGACAUCAGCUUGUAGAGCCCUGUACAUUGUAGGCACAGAAGGUUAGGAUACUAACCAACAUUGACACGGGUAGGUAGUUAUUGGACUUCAGCGCGGAAGUUAUGUGUUGCUUGUAGCGGGAGCGUCACGUCAACGACAAGUUUACAACUUAGUUUUUGACCGGGAGUGUAGAGGUCUACACGACGAUGCCAAGUGUUUCGUUAUCAGGGUAGAGUUGGGCUCAUCUCGACGUUGAGAUAAGGAUACGUCCAAACAGAAAGAGAGAUAGGGUAUUCAGAGAUGGGUCUUCUUCAAGAUGGCGGGUCACAUCUCGUGUUGUAACAUAAUCACGUUUACGAUUGCAAUUACAGCAUGCCACUGACCGGAAGUACACUCUUUUGCAAGCA